UGGAGCUGUCAGACGGAUCUCUCCUUCCCUGACCCAGCACAAUACUGCCGUGGCGGUGGAGGAUAUAUUUUCCUACAUUUGCAUUGUUGUGCGGGAUAGUUUUGAUCCCUUUUACUGUUCGGGCACGGAAUAGUGAAAAUUCGUGAAGCACCGAAUGAAAAUUUAGGCAGCAAAUUCAACCUUGAAGCCAACGGAUCAUUCGCGUGGGUGUCCGACCGGGCGUAGUGAAAAAAAAAAUGAACGAGUGUUGAGUGUGGAAAACUUCAAUUAAUCAAUAGCAAGCGACGCACAUACAGUUCGUGUUUUGAUUACAUAGACGAGUGGCAUAGAAGGGGCAUUUGGACAAUAAUAAUUAACAUAAUAUCGAUUCUGACGGAUCAAUAAUUCACCACGCUAGAGCGCCCGUAUUCCUGCUUAACUUUUUCCGCUUCAUUCAGUUUUCGCACAGCGAAUCAUAGGAAAAGCUACGCCAGAAGUGAUUUUGACGGGUAUCUGCAUAAUACAAAGCGACUGAAAAUAAACAAGCAAAUCCAGAUUGAAGUGACGAUAACCAAAGAGACGUUAUGUUAUCGACUGUGAACCCUCACGUAGUCUCGGAUUAGCAUGGAAUAAACUUUGCAGUGUAGUCUUCGCCGUCAGCCAAUCUUGGAACAAAGUGUCCACCAAUCGAUAAAUGCAAUGUAGAGGGUAGCAUAAAAAAAAAUCAAGUUUGCUUGCUGCGCUUAACCGCUACCGAAAAACGAAAACAGAGCAGUGCUUUGCGAUGCAACUCCACUCCGCUGUGGUGUGAUAUAAAUUAUGCAAUUUUGUGUAAUAAAAUACAGUGUUGCUUAAUUCGGAAGGUACGCGAAACAAAAGAAGCUUAAAACACAAAGUGCAAAUGGAAUAAAAAGUAAGCCAGUGAAGCCUCAGCAGAAUUUGAAGCAACUGACCUGAUGGCUGAAAGCUAUACCGAAAGCAAAACACGGAUCGCAAUAAAAAGAAGUUGUAAACACAUGCCAAAAUAAGACAACGGAGUUUGGGGCAAUCGAAAUUGGAGGAAAUCUGUUAAGCGUGUGGAUAGUUCAGGACUGCCAUAGCCUAGAAUCGACAAUAUGGCUUUGAGUGCUUCGCAAUUUCAAAACAUAGAGGAUGAGGAUGAUGAUUUUCAGGAUGCAUGUGACAUGGAUGGUGCUGCGCCAUCCUGUUCCAUGGAUCUGGAGGCGGCAUUGACGGAAGCCAAGCUGGCGGUCAAUCUGUUUUUCAACAACAAAUUCAACGAAGCGGAAGCGCUGAUGAAACCAUGGGCAAUGUCGAGCAUGUACCAUUCGGUGGGGAACAGCGUGUUUGCCUAUCUGGAAGCCAUGCUAACGUUCGAGCAGCAGCACAUAGCGGCGGCUUCCGAUGCACUGAAGCAGUGCCUGGGCGUGUGCAAUCGGUACCGGAAGAAGAACACCCUGACGGAAACGAUAGGGAAAACGUUCAAGAAGGUAAACUACGACCAGUACACGGAUGUGGAGGCCCACGCGGAACUGUGCACGGCCGAAGCCAUGCUGCUGAAGGCGAUGCUGACGUUCAUCGAGGACGAAACGCUGUCCAGCCUGAUCAAGGGGGGCAUGAAGAUACGGAACUGCUUUGCCAUGUACAAGGAAUGUAACAACAUACUGAACCAACGGCAGUGGGAGUCGGAAAAUUCAAGGGUGCAUUUCGAGAGUGGAGUUCGGAUGGGCUUGGGUACUUUUAAUCUCAUGAUUUCUCUGCUCCCGGGGAGAGUCAUCAAGCUGCUGGAGUUUAUUGGCUUUUCCGGAAAUAAGCAAUCCGGCAUGCAGGACUUAAUCACUGGAUCGCAAAGCCUCGGCAUCCGACAGGUGCUGUGCACCAUGACCCUGCUCGGUUACAAUCUCAUUGUGUGCUACGUCCUGAGUCACAAGGAGGGUGACCUGAAGUUCUGUGACCAAUUGCUUCAGAAGCAGCUGCAACUCUACCCGGACGGUGUGUGGUUCCUGUUCUUCAAGGGACGGCUCGAGUUCAUGAAGGGCAAUCUGGACGACGCACUGAUGUGGUACAAAAGGUCCUGGAAAUCGCAAAACGUGUGGCCACAGUUUCACCAUCUGUGCUUCUGGGAGCUGCUGUGGGUGAAUUGCUUACGGUUGGAUUGGCGAGAAUCGCUGCUCUUUGCCACGUACUUGGUAGAGCACAGCAAAUGGUCACGUACGAUCUACACAUAUCAGAAGGCAUCCAUUAUGAGCAUGAUGAAGCGGUCCGAUCUCACGUCGACCGAGCUGCGAACGUUGGACGGGCUGAUGAAGGAGGUGCCAAAGUACAAGCAACGAAUCGCUGGGAAAUCGCUUCCGAUGGAGAAAUUUGCCUGCAAAAAGUCGGACCGCUUUUUCGCCCAGCAAUCGUUCCUGUACGUUCCGGCGUUGGAGCUGAUGUACGUUUGGAAUUUGUUCAAAAUCCUCGGAAAACAUUUCAAUCUGGCCGAUGGGGUGUACCGGAUAGUGGAGGAAAAUUUAACCGAGCUGGAAGAACGACAGCAGAAGAAGACCAACAGUCCACUGAAUGCAUACGACGUGGAUAACAAGGCGUUACUCUUGCUGCUGAAGGGAGCUUGCUUGAGGCAGAUGAACAGUCCACUGCAAGCUUUGAAGUGCUUGGAAACCGUAGUUGCGAUGUUCAAAGAUCUCAAAGAGGACUUUUACCUGGUACCGUAUGCCAUCGUUGAAAUCGCUCUUAUCUAUGUGGAUCAGGGGAAAAAGGAACAGGCUGUUCUUGCUCUCGAAGAUGCCAAGAAAAACUACAGUGGCUACUCGCUGGAAUCUCGAUUGCACUUCCGCAUCCACACGGCCCUGAUCGAGCUGAAGGGCAAAAGCUACGAAAAUAUUUCAGCCGGUGGCGGUUAUUAGGAACGAGGCAACUUUUUUGCGGGAACAGAAUCAAAGAAACGAAGAUUAAUCUAGUCUUAACGAAUACGGAUGAAUGGACGCAUGUAGUUAUUUGAAUCAAAGUAGGAACACCGUUUGUGCUUGCGUAAAGCACUAGCCGCAACUGAAGGAAAAAGACAUACUUAACGAAUCGACAGGAGGUAUGGUAUGGUUGGUAAGAUGGGGAUGCAUUUAAAGACACCGAUAAAGAAGAUUUUAUGUUUACUUGAACAUUAGCUGAAACGCUUGAUCGUAGAACGAUUUGCAUUAGUAGAUCCUUUGUGUUAUGUUUUAAAAAUUGUUUUAUCUAGUUUAUUGUCCGUCACCACAGCAACAGCCACGACGUCUUCUGUAUAGGGUAGUGAAUCUAUUUUGUUUCCUAUACGGAGAUACUUACAACAUCUGAAUAAAGUGCACCAAAUGGAUGUUAACU